AUGCAAACCAACGGAUUUGAUGUUGAAUCUGUGAAUGUGUUUCUUGAAGAAGUACGGUAUGGAGAAUUAGACAUUGUUAAAUCAUUUAUUGAACAAGACCAUGAUAUAUUAACAGUAAAAAAUGAAUAUGGGAAUUCUGCAUUACAUUAUUCUUGCGGAAAUAACAACUUAGAAAUGACUUCAUUUCUUCUAUCUUUUGAUGAAAUUAAGAGAAUUAUUAAUGAUAAAAAUGAAUCAGGAAGUACUGCCUUACAUUGGGCUGUUCGUGGGGAUAUUCAAAUAGUUCAGAUGAUGUUAGAUGCAGGUGCUGAUAAAACAAUUCUUAAUGCCCAAAAUAAAACUGCUAUUGAAUUAGCUUCUGAAGAACAUAAAGACGAUAUUGUUGCUUUAUUAAUUGGUCCAGUUGCAGAUGACCUUGUUGAUGAUGAGAAUGGAGAAAAUGUUGGUGAUGAUAUUAUUGUUGAAAGUAUUUCAUCAGAUGACAACACACAAAACAAACAAGAAACAAAGGAAGAAAAAACAGAUUAA